AUGCCUUGCUGGCCGCCUUUCCCGCCAUUUGGACCGCCAGGAUGUGGACCACCGCCGCCAGGAUGCGGACCACCUCCAGGAUGCUGGCCGCCAGGUCCACCACCACCUGGCUCCAUGCCACCAGGCUGGCCACCUGGUCCACCACCUCCUGGCUCCAUGCCACCGGGAUGCCCACCUGGCUCUAUGGGCUGGCCACCUGGUUCCAUGCCACCGGGCUGGCCACAGCAACCAGGUGGCCCUGGUAAUCCUGGAACGUCUCCUAGCAAUCCAAACCCUCCGACUAAACCUCCAUCUGAACCAUCACCCGGUAAUCCUGGAAAGCCACCUGCUAAUCCAGAUCCUCCAACAGACCAAACAAAACCUCCAACUAAACCUGAAGGACCUGACGGUUCUGAUGAAGUGAAACCUCUGACCGGGCCGAAUCCUAGUGGCUAUGAUGAAGUGAAACCUCCGACCGGGCCGAAGCCUAGUGGCUAUGAUGAAGUGAAACCUCCCACUGGUCCGAAUCCCGGCGAAAACUCUGAUCCACCACUCUACUAG